CUUUUCGCAAAAUUUUGAAAUAGAUAGAGCUUGGAAGUAGAGGAAGUGGACGACUCUUGGAGACGAAGGCUACGAGGAGCUCCAGCUCUCGUCCAAGACGUUCAAACAAAAUGUCCAGAUUCCUCCUCCUCCUCCUCCUGGCCUAGGUUCUCCGAUUUCCACGCCGUGUCUUCGAAAUCCUCGAGGCGCGGAGGACGCAUCUCAGCGUGGGAUUUCGGGAAUAUCGCCCUGGAUCAGAGACUGGAUCUAUCUGGUGAGGGCGGAUUCUGGAUUCCCGAUUUAUUUUUUUCUAGGAUCUGUUUUAGAGCUAUGAGCCUUUUUUUUGGUCCUGGAAGUAGAGAAGUCCGUGAAAAGUUGGGCCUUUCGCUGGGUCCGGACUGGAUCGAGCUAGUUCAUCGUUGUCUGAGAUUUCCAAUUUGAUAGGGAAAGUUCAGGAUCCAAUUCGACCUUGAGCUAGUUGUUCUUGGUCGUCAAAGCUCAGUAGUGUAUGAAAGUUUGGAUCUUUGGCUAGAAUUUAUCACUUCUUGGAGAGAUUCCGGUACUAAAUAUAGAGGAAAUCAUCUUCUUCAGUAAAAGGUCUGGUUUUUACGGUUGGAGGGAGGUAUUAUGUCAAGGUUUAAUUUGUCGAGCAAGAGAAUGGAAUAUCCACUGUGAGCUAGAGGAAAACGAGCUGGUUUGGGUUAUUUUCCCAGCUCAAAUGGAUGGGUUUUCUCCGUUCCUCGAGGGGAGUGGGAGCCCGAUGUCGGUGGACCUAUUUAGCGACUCAGCGCAGAAGGCUAUCAAUACGUUCACUGAACUCUGCAGUCCACCGAUUGCUGACCCGGUUCUCUCGCCAUUCAUCUACUCAGUAGCUCGGCUGAACCCUGGUAGUGAGACUUUUCUGGCUUCGCCAAAUUCACAAGCAUCAUGCAGGGAUUCUGUGCCUAGGAUUUGCGAUGAUUCGAUAAAUUCAGCUGGUGUAGAUGCUUGUUUUAGAGAUGAUUCAGCACCACAAAAUUCUGGCCUGCAACCUGGAUUUUUGUUGAAUUCUCUCCAGAUAGAUAUGCCAGGAAGAAAUGGGCUUCAAUUCAAUGUCUCUGAUGCUGAGGAACGCAACACUGUUGUACCCAAAUCCAUGAUGGGAGUUAGUCUUGCUGAGAGAUUGCUCAAGGCACUGUCUUUGUUUAAGGAAUCCUCAGGUGCAGGGAUACUUGCCCAGGCCUGGAUGCCUAUGAAUCAGGGAGAUAAGUAUAUAUUAAGUACAUAUGAGCAGCCCUAUCUUCUGGACCGGAUUCUUGCUGGGUACCGAGAAGUUUCGAGGUCAUAUACUUUUUCUGCAAAAGAGGCGCCAGGGUCCAUCACUGGGCUUCCUGGCCGUGUAUUUGUCUCUGGAAUGCCGGAAUGGACCUCAAACAUUGCCUAUUAUCACCGGCAAGAGUACUUGCGGGUGGAGUAUGCACUUGAUUAUGAGGUCCGUGGAUUACUUGCGGUACCAAUGUUUGAUCUCAAUGAACGUUCAUGCUGUGGAGUCCUUGAGCUUGUAACGGUGAAGGAGAAAUCUGAUUUUGAUUCUGAGAUGGAUAGCAUUUUCCGAGCUUUGCAGGCUGUGAAUUUAAGAAGUGUCAAAAUAUGUGCUCGAAAGCAGAGUCUUAAAAUGGGCCAGAAGUCUGCAUUCACAGAGAUAUUGGAUGUCUUGAGAGCCAUUUGUCAUGCACACAUGUUACCUUUGGCACUUACAUGGGUUCCCUUGAGCAACAAGGGAUGUGUGGAUGAAUGUACAAGAGAUACUGCAGAGGCAAACUUUAUUUCAGACAGGAAAAUCGUGCUCUGUAUCCAGGAGUCGGCCUGCUAUGUCAAUGAUCAACAAAUGCAGGGUUUUCUACGUGCAUGUUCUGAACACCACCUUCAAAAUGGGCAGGGCAUUGCUGGAAAAGCAAUUCAAUCAACUCAUCCUGUCUUCUCUUCAGACAUCAAAAGUUACGAUGUACACCAGUACCCACUUGCACAUCAUGCUCGCAAAUUUGGCCUGCAUGCUGCUGUUGCAAUCAGGUUAAGGAGCACCCAUACAGGAAACGACAAUUACAUACUAGAGUUCUUCCUUCCUAUCAACUGUAAAGGGAGUGUAGAGCAGCAGCUCCUUUUGAACAACAUGUCAAUUACAUUGCAGAGAAUCUGCAGAAGCUUGAGAACAGUUUCAGAUACUGAGGCGAUCAGAACUGAUGUCACUAAUGAGGGACCAGGAACAAGACAAACCAUAUCUGUCUCAGCAGAAAACUCCCAACACUUGCACGAUGAUACUGAAUGUAACUUGACCAAGUUACCUUUCGAAUUUCAAGAUAUGGAAGCUGGUAAACAAGGAGAUGCUCAUCCAAGUCAGAUGAAGUCUGGCUCACCUAGACAUCCAAAGAAGAAACGUAGUACAGUGGAAAAGAAUAUUAAUCUAAGUGUUCUUCAACAGUACUAUUCUGAAACUCUUAAGGAUGCUGCAAAGAGCAUUGGUGUUUGUCAAACUACGCUGAAGAGAAUAUGCAGGCGGAAUGGGAUAUUAAGAUGGCCAUCUCGCAAGCUAACUAAAGCCAGCCAUUCUCUGAGUGAGAUCCAGAACAUGUUAGACUCUGUACCAGGAGUUGCAGGUAUGUUAAAAUAUGAUAAUGCUACUGGAAAACUUUUUACAGAAGUCUCAUCGCCUGAAAAACAAGCGGCAACAGCCUCAGAACCAUUGCGUCCAUGUUUACCAGUUCAGUUUGGUGGGAUAUUGGAAGAAGAGGCUUGUUUGGUUGGCAGAAACAAGAUUGGCAAUUCAGGCCAACCACAACUUCAUCAUCAUGAAGCAAAUAAAGCCUCUAUUCCACCUUUUGGCAUGAGUGACAAAUGUAAGGUUACUUCUGGCGGAGGGCUAUCCAGCCUUGCUAAAGAGAAAUGCUGCCAUGAUGCUUCUAGCAAGGAUGGCUUCGGUCCGGAGAGCCUUAAAUGCAGCACUAGAUCAAAAAGCUCAAGCUCGAUGGCAAUAGUGGAAGAAAUGCAUACCCAAAUGGAUGCUAGCGAACAGAUCAUAGAACAAAGUCAUCCUUCUUAUUCCAGCAUGGCAGACUCAUCCAGUGGCAGUGCUUCAAGUUGCCCCACUGUUAAAAGAAGCUUAAAGAACAAUAUGUCGGCCACUGACUUCGGGUCUGCGAUCCGUGUAAAGGCUACUUAUAAGGAGGACACUGUAAGGUUCAGAUUCUCCUUGUCCAUGGGUUUCCAUCAGUUGAUUCAGGUGAUUGAGAAGAGAUUCAAAUUGUGCAGCGGGACAUUCCAACUCAAGUAUAUGGAUGAUGAGAACGAAUGGGUCAAUUUGGCCGAUGAAUCUGAUUUGCAGGAGUGUGUUGAGGUGUUGCAGUCUAUGCAAUCUCAAAGUCUGAGGCUUCUAGUUCGAGAUCUUCCCUUUGCAACUAGCAGCUUGGCUGGCGGUAGCAGCAUCCUCAUGAAGCCAUAAGACCCUAAAGAUGUGAUAACAUGAUCAAGGAUUUCGCUCCACCAACUCAAAUGGCUCAAACAGGAAUUCUACAACUAUCUGUGGUGCCCUAAUAAUAGGUUGGCAGGCAGAAUAAUAUUCUUGCCAUGCCCUGAGGAGCCUUUUAAGUUUGACCUUUCUAAUUUGUUUUCUAUGAUUGAACACUUCUCUGUGGGUUUAGUCUCUAUCGCCCCCCACAUGAAUGUUUGUAGAACAUGCAUGACCGGGCACUAUAUGAUGAAUAGCAGUGUAUAUGGCAUACUUCACAUGGAUUGC